AUGGAGUUUGCAGAUCUACCUCCAGAAGCUUUUGAGCCAAUUAAAGCACAGAUUCUGUGCUGUGAGUGUGCCACCCCAAUCGAGCCAAAUCCAACAAACAUGUGCGUGGGAUGUGUACGCACAAGGGUGGACAUCACAGAAGGUAUACCAAAAUCAGCUGUCCUAUACUUUUGCAGAAACUGUGAGCGAUAUUUGCAUCCACCUGGAGAGUGGAUAAAAGCUACUUUGGAAUCCCGGGAAUUACUGGCUCUGUGUAUGAGGAAACUAAAAGGGCUGAACAGAGUUAAGUUGAUAGACGCUGGUUUUCUUUGGACAGAGCCUCAUUCAAAGAGAAUAAAAGUCAAGCUCACAGUCCAAGGAGAAGUAAUGGCAGAUGCAAUUUUACAGCAGGUCUUCAUUGUUGAAUAUACCAUAAACAAUCAGAUGUGCGAUGACUGUCAUCGCACCGAAGCAAAGGAUUAUUGGAAUGCCUCUGUUCAAGUACGUCAAAAGGCCAUCAACAAAAAAACAUUUUACUAUUUAGAGCAGCUUAUCCUGAAACACAGAGCACAUGAAAAUACAGUAGCUAUUAAGCCUAUUCAUGAAGGUUUGGACUUUUUUUAUUCCACUGAGUCUGGCGCCAGAAAAAUGACAGACUUCAUCAAUUCUGUUUUACCUUGCAAAUAUCAGCAUUCUAAAAAACUUAUUUCUCAUGAUAUUCAUAGUAAUGUAUACAAUUACAAAUUCACUUUUAGCAUUGAAAUUGUGCCUGUGUCAAAAGACAGUAUAGUUUGCUUACCGAGAAAACUUACACAAAAAUGUGGAGGUUUAAAUCCAAUUUCUCUUGUUUACAAAGUUACAAGUAGUAUACAUUUGAUAGAUGUAUCCUCUGGUCAAGUAGCAGAAAUUAGCUCUAAUUUAUACUGGCAACUGCCUUUCAAUAGUGUUUGUAAUCCAAAACAAUUAAAAGAAUAUGUGGUCAUUGACAUUGAACCAAUAAAGGAGAAAGACAAGAAAAAGUUCCCAGGACAAGGUCACAUCUCACACAAGUUUGCUAUUGCGGAUGUUUGGGUAGUCAGAGCAGAAGAUUUAGGAUUGGACCAAAAUACAAUUCAUACUCGCACUCACUUGGGAGGGAUCUUGAAACCAGGUGACUCUGCUCUUGGCUAUGCUUUACGUGAGAACAACAUAAACGAUGAUAAUUUUGAAAAACUGGAUGAAAAUCAAGUUCCUGAUGUCAUUCUGAUCAAGAAAUUCUAUGGACAUGACAAGGCAGCUCGUCGCAGGGCUAGAAUGUGGAAGUUGAAACAUAUUGCAGAGAAUGUUGAUAUGAAUUCUGAGAACAAUGAGUAUAAUGAAUUUUUGGAUGAUCUUGAGGAGGAUCCAGAACUGAGAUCAAAUGUCAAUAUCUUCAGAGAUAAGAGCAAGCAAAUUCCAGUUGAUACAGAUUGCAUUGAUCCAACUAUGCCUCAAAUCACAUUGGAAGAGAUGCUUGACGAUCUUGUGAUUGAAGAUGAAGAAAUGGCUGAAUUCAUAGAGUAAAGAUAAAUCACAAUUCAGUAUGAAGUGUAAUUUUCUUGUAUAUCUAAAUAAAAUAGAUUCAUAUGCAUUGUUAUAUAUUGCAUAGAAUUUAAUGGAUACAAAUUUUGCAAUUCAUUGAUUGAAUGCUGUAUAAAAGAACCUGUAAAUGAUUUACUAGUAAAUACAAAGCUGUAUUAAAUAUUUUAUAUCUCAAUCAGAAAAAUAAAUGAAAAAAAUUUAACAAAGAAUUAAUGAUUUUUUAUGUACAGAUUCUUCUUGGUAAUACAUAUUUGUUAAAUAAAUACAUUUUGAAUAA